AUGAAGUUUCUUUUAGAAAUGAGAGGAGAUCAAAUUUUGAUCACAGAAGAAAUAUUGAAAAUCGCAGCACAGAAUAGAUGGACAGGAUCUGAUGUUAUACAACUUCUCUUUGAAGAAAGAGAAGAUCAAAUUCUGAUUACAGAAGAUAUAGUUAAAGAAGCGGCAGGGAAUAGGCGGAGAGGAUAUGAUAUCCUACAACUUCUCUUGGAAAAAAGAGGGGACCAAAUUCCGAUCACAGAAGAAGUAUUAAGAGUUGCAGCAGGAAAUGAUGGAACUGGAUUUGAUAUAAUACAACUUCUCUUUGAAAAAAGAGAAGAUCAAAUUCUGAUUACAGAAGAUAUAGUUAAAAAAGCAGCAGGGAAUAGCUACAAAGGAGAUUGUAUAAUAAAGCUAUUCUUUGAAAAAAAAGGAAAUCGAAUUCCAGUUACAGAAGAAAUAUUAAAAAUCGCAACAAGGAAUGAGGGAUACGAGGCACGAGAUAUGAUGUCAAGUUUCUUUGAAAGGCUGGGGGAGCAAUUUCCAAUCACAGAGGAGACUUUGAAAGAAAUAUUAGAACUGGCAGCGACGAAGUGGAAGCCAUCUUUGGUAAAGCGCCUUUCCACAUGGAAACUGAAAGGCCAUGGGUAA